AUGGCUUUUACAAAAAUAAAUAAUAUACAAGAUUUAACUAAUGAAAAAAUAGAAGCAAGAAUUAUUGAGAUUAAAAAAGACUUAUUACAAUUAAAAAUUAAAAAAGCAACCCGUCAAUCAUUUAAGCCACAUAUCUUUAAACAUAAAAGACAUGAACUUGCUCAAUUAUUAACUAUAGAAACAAAAAGAAUUAAUAAAUAA